CACAAAAACAAUGCAAAAAUCGUUACUUAUUAUGUGAAUAGUCUGCAGACAAUUGGUUUGCAAUCAAAUCAAUGACUGAAUGACAACACUUUUGAACGGCUUUUCAGUCGUCGGACACACUUUGCGGUCGAUUUCCAUCACUCGCUUCAUGUCGUCCGCGACUUUCAGGCCGUUGGUUGUGUGCGGGCCGUCGGGAAGCGGCAAAAGCACUCUUUUGAGACGACUUUUGGCCGAAUUUCCCGAUUAUUUCCGAUUUUCGAUUUCUCAUACGACUCGAAAGCCGCGAUCGGAAGAGACGGACGGAAAAGAUUACUAUUUCAUCGAAAGGAAGACUUUCGAGAAAAUGAUUUGCGAAAAUCGUUUCGUGGAAUUCGCGACCUUUUCUGACCAUUUAUACGGAACGAGUUUUGAAAGUCUUUCAUUCGUUCAAAAGUCAAAUAGAAUUCCAGUUUUGGAUUUAGAUAUCAAUGGAAUCCGUUCUCUAAAAAAUCAACGCUUUUUCGCUAAAUAUCUCUUCAUUCGCGCUCCAAAUGUCUUGACUUUGGAACGGAAUCUUCGAAAUCGCGGAUCAGAAGAUGAAACGAGUCUUCGGAAACGACUUCUUCAAGCCGUUCAAGACAUGGAAUUCGUGGACAAAAAUCCGAUGCUUUUUGAUGUGAUUAUCAUUAAUAAAGACUUGGAAGAAGCGUAUUGUCAACUCAAGAGUUGUCUUUCGGACGACAUAAAAGCCUUAAAAGAGUUUUUGUGGAAAAAGUCUUAAAUAAAAUUUGAUUCAAGAGAUGGCGCUUUAGUUUGUCUUUAAAUCAUAUGUUUUGAUGUUUACAUC